AUGCACUUGCUUGCUUCCCCUCCUAUUUUUCCUAUCCGUGUUAAAUUCCUUACAGGUUCCAUAUACAAAGCAAAUGUGACUGUACAUACUACUGGAGAAUUAUUGUUAAAGUCCCUUCAAGUUUGUGUGGAGAAGGAAAACUACUGCAAAUAUCAUCUUACGUAUAAUGACAAAGAGAUACAGAGUGCAGACACACUUGAAAAGCUGGGAAUCAAGGAAGGAGACUUGAUAGAAACAAUAAUUACAUCGGCACCAGCACAGAUUGUAUCAACACCAGCACAGAUUGUAACACCGAUAUUACCAGUACAGAAUGGAACAGCACCCCGAUCUUUAACAGGUCAAAUCUAUGUGAAAACACUUACUGGAAAAAUCAUAAAGCUGCAAGUAGACGGGAGUGAAACCAUCAACGCUCUUAAACAAAAAAUCCAAGAUAAAGAAGGCAUUCCCCCUGACCAACAACGUCUUACCUUUGGAGGCAGACAAUUGAAAGACGCACGCACCAUAGCAGAUUACUACAUCAAAAACAAGUCCAUCGUGCAUCUUGCCCUCAGCAUACGUGCACUAUCACCAGUACAGAAUGGAGCAGCAUCAACUAUAACAAGGUCUUUACCAGGUCAAAUCUAU